AUGGGCGCUUGGAGGGUCGGGGCGUUGGUGGCUUUUGUGCUGUACCUCCUCAUCCCAAACAACGAGGGACGUUUCAUAAACUUCAAACCGGGCUAUGAGUAUGUUUAUAGCUUCAAUGGCCAUUCCACCGUCAACGAUGUUGGAAAAUUUGUUGUGCAAGCAAAAGUCGGCUAUACAAAUAUACAACAAAGAGCCGAGGGACAGGAAUUACUGCUGAAAGUGCACACUUUCAAUCUUGCACCUGAAAAUGAUCCAACUGUAAAGGGUGCAGACUACGACUUUUCAAAAUGGUUCUCCUUCGUGAUUUCACCUCGAGGGGAGAUAACUCAUGUUUAUCACCCUGCAGGAGAGGACGAGGAGGUCAUUGUCUCCAAGAAGGGCUUCGCUGCUUUGUUUGCAUCGAGGCUGCAUGAAGAGGGAGAGGUGCCAGGAAAGGUUGGAAAUGAAGGAUUCACCUACCAUAUUACAGAACAUGGACACGAGGGUGAACACAAUGCAACCUACACAGUAGCUCCCUCUCAGGAAGGUCUCAAGUUUACCAAAGUUCGUCAUGGCCAUCCCGUGCAGUAUGCCAGAGCCAACUACAGCAAGACAAUGCAUUAUCAUGACUUCUUGGGGACAAUUCACAGUGUCCUUAUUGAUGAGAGCUUUAAAUCGCCAACAACACCGCCAGGGUUUGAUCCCCAUGCUGGGAUGAGAAAAAUUAAAGCAGUCAAUGAAUUUAGUACCAUGGCUUACCCUGAAAUGGCCUAUGUAAGUCAAGGAAACCUUCACUUCCUCACCAGACAUGUAGACAAGCAAGAAUGGAGGAAACCCAAUAAGAACAUGCUGACUGUAUCCAUUAAGCUGGGGAAUAUAAAACCUCGCAGGAAAUAUCUCAAUGUGACAGAAGCAAGAAAGGAAAUAGUCGGGAAUCUUACCUGCAUGGAGAACCAACCGGAUCAGGGAGCCCCAGCACAGACUGUGUGCUUUAGGAAAAUAGUUGAUGUUUUAGAAAUCCUCCCAGAUGAGGAAAUCAUAAACAUCGCUCAUUUUUAUUUUACCAAACUUCAGCCAACAGUGGCAAAAUACAGAAUUGCCACGGAGAACAUGAUAGAUGCCUAUGGUGUCCUAGCUACAGAGUUGGCAGAGAAACUUCUAGCAGAGAAGAUAUUCCUGAGUCCUAAUCCCAACCAUGACUAUGUCAAGAGAGUGCUGACUCACGUAGUGUCCAAUGACAAGCCACCGAGUGAGUUUCUUUUACAAACCCUGGAAGAUGCAGUUUUCCACAAAGAUAAAUUCCCACCCCAGUUUUACAUACAAGACACUCAGAGUAGAUGCAUGCUGGCUCUUGGCUCUGUGAGCAACAAACUACGUAAACAUGGCAACCCAGAGAGAGCCAGAAGAAAUGUGGACAAAGUGCAUGAGCUAUUGGGAUAUCAUGAUCCUUGGUUGUACAGGAAGAGAAGAGAAACCAUGGAUCCUUUUGAGAAAGAGAAGCACGACCAUUACAAAGUGGUUCUUCUGGAGACUUUGGGCAAUGCUCGACUGGACCACUCCUAUGACUACAUUGUGUCUCAUAUCAACAGCACCAACUCCCCGUGGGUCAAGAGAGCUGGAUGCCACGCCCUUAGGAAAUAUGAACAUGACCAUGCUGCUGAGACCUUGUUGUAUGCUGCUAUUUAUGACGAGGAGCAGUCUGUGAGAUAUGAGGCCUCAUUACUCUACAUGGCCCAUCCUAGAGGGAAAAUGAUCGCUCCCUUUGACAACAGAAUUCCUCAUGAAGGCAACGCCUCAUAUGUUGCGGAUGAUCCCUAUGACAAUGGGGUGGGGGUGAUGGACCUUGCUCAACACAACGCAGGACGAUCCAGAAGAAGUAUUUGGGAUGGACUCUACUUCCGACUGGAAGCCCCGAGUGUGGACUGGAGAAAACUGCUUGGCUCCACUGACAUUGGAGCCUCAUUUGGGGUCAUCAUGAUGAACCUGCUAGACUUGUCAAUUGCUCCGUUGAGUGGUCAUGUGAAAAUUCGUGUCCAUGACGAGGCUUACGCCAGAGUGCACUUGGGAUUUAUGAAUGUCAACCUGGAUUUUUUUGUGGCAAGAAUAUGCUUUAAAGGAGGCGCAGAGUACAACAUUAACAUUUUACAGGGUAAUGAAAUGAAAAAGGCGAUAAAGCUAGCCAAAAACUUUUCCAAGAAAAUCAAGCAGGUUGUGGCCGGAUUGAAGGAAGGUGUGAAUUUGUUCAAAGACUUGGUGAAGGGAAGAAUAAGCAUCAAAGAUUACAUCGAUGAACUGGUCUCAGCAAUAUCUGAUUUACCACAGAAGGUCUUGAAUCUGAGAACUGUUGCAGUGACAGCCAUGCAAAAAUUAGCAAAAUAUGACGAAGAAAUGUUUCCUCCGGCUUUUAGACCCAUGGUUCAUUUUGUACACAAAGUUGGCAAACUUUUCAAUGACAUUAAAUCCGACGUGAUGGGCUUUGUAAAUCAAGUUGAACAGACUAUCAAAGUGAUUAUUCCCCAGCAAGGAAAAAUCAUCUACGAGUCCAUCAAAGAUAUCAUUGAUGGUUUCUCGGUUAUUACAAAGGAUCCCAAAAGUGCCAUCAUGAACAUUGGGAAAGGAGUUCUUUCAAUAUAUCAGGCCAUUAUGGCACUGCUGGAAGCAAAGAACAAAACACAGGAGGCUUGCUUCUUCUUGAGAGAUGAGAAGCCAUAUUGGUUUGAUGUACAAGGAUUGGUUGAGGAAUACACAGAGCUUGCCACACAUGCCUUCCAAAGCUUGGCUGAUGCUGGAACAGCAUGGGUCAAUGAGGUUAUUCCCAAAGAGGAAGAUGGGGUCCUAAAAAUCACUAAUGGAAAAAUGACAACAAUGCAAGUACGUCAAGAAAUACUAGAUGUCCUGAAACCGAUCAAAGAUGAACUGAUGACGCCAUUCCAAGGAUUAAUUGGAAUGGCUGACGCUUUUAUAGCAAAGUACGCCAAAGUCUUCAACCUGAUCAAGAAUGUUAAGGAGGCAUACACAAUGCUAAAAGAAGGGUACCAAACAGCCAGAGGAAUCAUUGACUCCAUAUUUGGACCGAAGGCCCACAAGGACUUCCCCAGAAGACGGCGAAUGAAAGGCAAAGGCUGUGAUGGUAAAGGGCUCUACCCCUCAGAACUAGACAAUGAUGACCCAGAAUAUGUGCACAAAGGGGUGGACAUUUCGGCUGAGAAAGGCGAUAUGUUGGUGGCCCCAUUUGCUGGCAGCAUUACCAGAGAUGCAACAGAUGAUGAGGCAGUGAUCAUUACAAUCAAGACAGGCUCUAUGGCUGGUAUGAUAGUUUACAUCAAGAACAUAGAGCCAAACUCUACCAUAGAGACAACCACUCCAAGCACAAUUGCUGCUGGUCAGAUCAUAGGGAAGGUGGUUAAGUCCCCUUGCAUCAACCACAUUCACAUGGCCAUGAAGAAGCAGGAUGCAGCAGACUACAUAGACCCCACCAAGUAUCUAGAGUCCAUCUUCCCCACUAUGCCGGUCUGGGUGCAGCAGUGUGAUGAUUACAAACUGGUUUGGAAGUUUGAGACCAUAGCAGCUGGAGUAAUUGUUGGUCUGGGAGGUCAGGCCCCACAGAAUAACACCCCAACACUGAACAAUACAAACUUUGCCAUUCCUCCCACAAAUCCACCGGCUGAUGCUGAUCCUGAUGACACCAAGGCCAUCAAAUCUGAUCCUGACAGUGCCUUCAAUAAAGUCAAAUCUCAGCCAGCAGCAGCGGAGCAGGGUAUGAAUGAGCCAGAGGAGGACCAGUGUGCAGCAAUAAUGGGGUAUCCCGUGACUACCACAACCACCACCACUACCACUACCACCACCCCAGCACCAGGGGCCAAAGGGGCCAUCAAAGGGAUGUUCACAAAACUGCUGAGGACGGCAGAUAAGUUUCUUCAGAAACUUAACUUAAGGCGCUUGAAGAUGGGGACUAUUAUAGAGUUUUUGGAUAGAUUUGGAAUGGUGAAAAGUAAGGAGGCCAUGGCGAAGGUUAUCGUUACCAUCAAAGAAAUAAUAGACAACAAGCCCUGUCUGAAGCCAAGUGAAAUGUCUGAGGAUCAGUUGUCCCUGGAACUGAAGGAGAGGGGAAAGAAUUCUUCAGGGUCCAGAGAGGAAAUGGCAGAUCGUCUACUGAAAUUGGACCAAGGAUGCCCUUUGAUUUCCUUUACCAUGCCAAAGAAUGUAUACUGCACCUUUGACAGCUACUGUUUAGGAGUGGAAUGCUGUAUCAAUGUCAAACUCAUGAUGUUCCUGAAAGUCUUCAAAGCCUGGGCAAGAUUUGAUCCUUGCACAACUCCAAUGAAGUUUACCAUGGCAUUUGAAAACUAUAAAUAUGAAAUUGAUAUAAACCUAAGCAUACAGUUUGAUGGUUUUGAGGGUGAAUUAAGGUCAGGUAUUAAAUUGGACAUCUUGGGUGGCAUUGAGCUUCUCAUAAAGUACAAUAUUUUCAAGGGGGAGAAUGCCACUCUAGCAACCUUUGGUGCUGGAUUCUGUAGUUUUGACGAUUCUGAGAAGUGUGUGAUAUACAUUAAUUUAUUGGACAACGCUGUACUGCCCAUUCCUACCUGUCUUCCAGAUGGAACAUUUGUGUGGCCAAAGAUUGACUUCAAGAAGCUGUUUGACAAACAGGCAUUCAUGAACCAAAUCAAAGAACAAGGAAAAGCAUUAGUUAAAACAGCUGCCUCAGAGUUAGCCAAAGAAUUCCUCUCCACUCUUGGCCUACCUGAGGAUUUCCUGCAAGAGACUGGACCCUGUCCCAGACCAGAGAACAUGACAUUUGGACAAGUCACAGAAAUUCUGGAAACCAGGAACUUGUCAUCCAAUGGAACAAGAGAUGAGCUAAACACAAGGAUCAGAGAGGAUGAUCUCAGGUGUGGCAUUCUGGGAUUCAACAUCACUCUGCCCACCAUCAAGAAUGAGAAGCUAGCCAAGCACGUGUACUACUCCAUAGAGAGUGACUGCAUGAGACUGGACGCCUGCGCCGACAUUUCCCUCUCCCUGGCUGGACUGUCCUACACCAAAGCUCUCAAGGCUUAUGUGGACCUGGAUCCAUGUAGCUUUGUACUGAAAGUGGGAUUUGAAAGCUUUCAACUUACCAAGGUUUUACUGAACUAUGACUGGGGCACUGAAAAACUUGCAGAGAUUUCCAAGAACAUUAAAGUCAAGUACAACAUCAACAGAAAUGUAGACCAGAAGAUCUUCAUACUGGACUUUGGUCUGCAGAUCUGUCUGUCUGAUGGGGACUGUAUCUUAGAUGACUACCUCCUUAAACAGUUUGAAUUCCCUAUACCCCUCUGUGGAGACUUUGUUCUGCCAGGAGGAGGAUCCAUUAAAGGAAUGUUGGCUGAAAUAGGAGGCAAAAUGACAGCAGAGGCAUUUGAUCUUAUCCUAAAGAAAUUUGAUUUAGAUAAAGUAAUAGUAUCGGGAGUGUGCACAGUGCCAGAAACUCCAGCCUCAUGUCCUGCCCUGUUUGACGUGAGAAAGUAUAUCCCCACCGGCAUCAAGCACAUGGUGAACUGUGAACUGCCGCCCAACUGCUGGGGAAUAGACUGCUGUCUGGAUCUGACCUUCACUAUCCCCCUAGGAGACAUCAAAGUCACCAAAAACAUUCCUUUCUGGUUCAAGUUGGACCCCUGUGAUUUCUUCAUUGACAUCGGAUUUGGAACAAUAACACUGCUAAGAACAAAGUUCUUGACAUAUGAAUAUGGAACAUCAAAAACACUGACCUUGGGAUCUGGAAAUCCUGCUCCGGUUACAAUCACAUAUUUCAUUGACCAAAUGGCAGAAAACAAAGGCUUUAUUGUGGAUGUGAAGGUCUCCAUCUGUUUCCCCUUGGAUGAUGAGAAUAUCUGUAUUCCUACUGAGGAAGGCCUCCAUCUUCUACAGAAGGAAGAAAUCCCAGUGUGUGAUCAACGGGCAUUGGUCAACUUCCAAAAUUUCUCUCUGACAAAUUGGGUGCAGAAUAACACUCUGCGAGUAGGAGAACAGUUAGCUGAGGGGGCAGUGACCUUAUUGCUGGAACAGCUAAACCUGACCAACUUCUUCAAAAAACCUCGAUGUGACCGCAAUAGAGUUCCUUACAUACCAUCAGUUCAGGGGAUUCAUAAUGUUUGUCCAAAAACCAUUGGGUUUCUCCCCUCCAAGAUCCCUGACCCCAUGUCCUGCUACAUCCCUGACUUCUGUACGGGGGUAGAGUGCUGUGCGGAGAUCCCCAUGCUGGGGCUAGGGCUCCAUGCCUAUGUGUAUCUGGAUCUGGACAAGCUAGAGCUGAGAUAUGGCCUGGAAACCAUAACUGGCACCCUGAAGCUCUUCAACUAUGACUGGGGAGACACCAUCAAGAUAGCUGUGGCCCAGGACUUAAUAUAUUUCUCGUUCAGUGUCAAGCCAAUCACAGACGAGCACGUGUACGUAUUUAACGCCCAUGCCGAGGUCUGUCUGGAACCGGACGACUGCUCCAUCAAGAUCCCCAUCAUGAAGAACACAAAGCUGCCCACCCUCACUUCAGUGAUCACAGGGAGCAACAAAAACUUUUCUAUGAGUAACCUGCUGCAAGAAAUGGGCAAUUUGACAUUGGAUGGCAUGAAGGACAGUGCCAAGGCUGUGUUGUUACAACAGCUGGGAGUGGACCAGUGGAUGUCUGAUACACCAUGCAGUAUUACUGACAAUCUCUACACCCCUAGUGUUAAUGGCUGGAAUAAUGAGUGCACCCUGGACUGGGUGAAGCCCCCGAACAUCCCCUUUGAUAAUGUCAAGUGUGCUCUGACCCACAACUGUACCCGUGUGGACUGCUGUGUGAGCUUCAAACCACUGAACCUCAACGUCCAUAUGUUCCUUCAUUUUGAUCGCUGCAACUAUAUCAUCUCUGGAGGCAUUGAGAAGAAGACAUUUUCCUACGGGCUUUUGGAUUUCACUGAUUUCUGGGGAAAAGAGGUUUCAAUCAACAUUGCUGACAUUAUCUACAUAAAGUUCAAGGCCAGUCAGCUGGAGGUGUCCAAGAAGUAUGUGCUGGAUCUGAGUGUGGAGAUCUGUCUGGAGCCCGACUCGUGUGCUCUGGAUGUCCCCAUAUUUGACCAGGUCCUCAUUCCUAUCCUCAACUGCGACCUCACCAUGGAUUUCAAUCUUAAAGGAUUUUCACUAAAGGAGUACAUGAAGCAAGAGCUAGGAAUGACGGAGGACGGCAGUCUGUCCACCGCUCUCUCCAACUUUGUGUUUGAAAAGCUGGGACUGAACUCCUUUAUGAAGGAGACUCCAUGUGAUAGAUCUGAGCCCCCUUACAGCAUCAACAAACUCAACUACACUGGAUGGUCCUCUGAAUGUCCUGCCAAUUUGCCGCUGUUCAAGAUCCGUGGAACCACCAACUGUAACAUCAAGAACACUUGUACGGCGGUGUCCUGUUGUGUGGAGGUGGGUAAGGUCGGCCGAACGUUUGAGUUCAUGAUGGACAUUGAUUUCUGUAACCAGAAGUUCACCGUCGGAAUCGAGAAACUGGUAGAGGAGGUCUCACUGAACAUGUUUGAAUAUGGAGUAAGAAAGGAAAUUGUCAUCAUGGGAGUGAUUAAAGUAUGGUACACCAUAUGGGACAAUGUAGGAGAGGGGGUCUAUGUGGUGACUGUGGACCUGGCCAUCUGUUUUGAGGACGGAGGCAACUGUCUGGUCAAUGUCAAUAUCUUUGAAAAAGUGAAACUGUCAAAACAAAUCUGUGUCUGGGCCACACAGUUCUUGCAUCCUGACUUCUCCUUGGAGGCCUACAUGAAAGAGCAGGGACUGAAUGCAGUGGAUCAACUGAAGGGCCUCGCUCUAGACAAACUAAAGGAGGCAUUGGGUCUACCUACCUACCUCAAUGAUCCCCCUUGUUCCCUGACCGAUUCAAAGUACACCCCUAACACAAAUGGUGUCAAAAAAGUGUGUACCAAGGACUUGGGACAGGUAGGUUCCAACUUGCCCACCUUGCCAGGUAACAUGGUGUGUCAGAUCGGGGAGUCCUGUACCUCCCUGGACUGUUGUAUCGGAGCUUCCAUCAUCCAGCACAACUUCCACGCCUACCUAGACAUCGAUCCUUGUAACUUUGUGAUCAAAUUUGGAAUCGACAGACUGGAGUUUGUCAUCUACAUGCAGGAAUUCACUUUUGGCAUCGAAAAGGACUUCCGCCUUGUGAAUGUUGUCAGAAUCAAGUUUAAGAUCUGGGACCUGUCAGCCGAGAAUCAGUUUUUGGUCAACAUGAAGGUCAGUGUGUGCUUUGAGGAGAGCUCCUGUAUCCUUGACUUGGACAUUUUCAAGGAGAAAAGACUUCCCAAAAAUGUCUGCGACUUUGCAGCAGCUGCUAAGAUCCAAAACUUUUCCUUUACGAACUGGAAGGACUUGCUGCCAGACAACCCGGGGGAGAUCCUGUUGACUGCGGCCAGUGACCAGCUGAUGGAGCACCUGGGACUGGCUGGCUACCUGAAGAAAGAGCAGUGUUCAGCCACCUCAACUGCCUCCACAGUCAAGGGCUGGAACGACGCUUGCCCCAAAUCCUCCUGGUACAAGAAACCAGAUCUGUCCAGUUUGCCAGUUGUCUGCUCCAUCUCCUCCAAGUGCACAGAGGUCAAAUGUUGCAUGGAAGUCAAGCCAAUCAGCAGAAAUUUUGAGGCCUACAUUAAUAUUGACCCUUGCUACAAGACCAUGGAGAUUGGAAUUGAGGAAUACAAAACCAAAAUCAAUCUUCUCACCUAUUCUUUCGGUGUGAAGGAAAGCUUUUGGCUACAGGAUGUUGUAAAGAUAGAAUAUAGUGUGGUAGAUCUGGCAGGAGAUGCUAAGUACAUGAUCAAUGCCAAGUUAGAAGUCUGCUUAGAGAGUGGACAGCCAUGCUUGAUCUCUCACGACAUUGCAAAAGACUUGUACCUUCCAAAGAUUGGAUGCGAUUGGUCUUUGGAUUUUUCAAGUUUCUCACUGACCGACUUCUACCAGAACAUGUCCCUGUCUGCUGGGUCACUGCUGUCAGCCACCCACCUGUCUCUGCUGAAGGAGGCCCUUGGGAUCACCAACUUCCUGCUACCCCCCAGUCAGCAGUGUAGCAGGGAUUCAAGCAACUACAAGCCUGAGACCCCAGAUCAACCGGGAUGGAAAAAUGAUUGCCCAUUAAAUGUAGGAAAUCUGACACGCUUUGGACAGAACAUCCCCAUAAGCUGUCACCUCAAAGAACACUGUACUGCUGUGGAAUGUUGCAUAGAUUUCCAGGACCCACUGCAGCAGACUUUCCACCUGUUUGUAGAUCUAAACCUCUGUCUCCAGACCUUUGAAAUAGGCAUUGAGAAGUUCGUUGAGAAGAGAACACUCUUCACCUAUACAUACGGUGUUCAAGAUCACUACCGUCUAGGGGAUGUCGUCCAAAUUGACUUUGUGGUAGUUGAUGUGGACAAAGGGAACCUGGAGUUGACAAUCAAUCUCAAGUUCUGUCUGGAGGAUAACCUGUGUGUGUAUGAACUGGCCCUGUUUGACAAAAAGGUGAUUCCUAAGCCAGGCUGUAACUGGGAUCUGCCUUACCUAGAUCCAAAUUUCUCUUUGGACAAUUGGUACAACACCAUGCAGUUGGCAUUAAACUCUCAGCUCUCUAAACUGGAUGCUGCUAAACUUCUGGAAGAGUUGGGUGUGGCUCAGUUCUUAAACAGAGAGCCUUGUGAAAGGUCUAGCACUGUAUACAGCCCCUCUGUGGACGGCUGGAAAAAAGAUUGUCAGAUGGCGGUGUCCACUACCCCCCUGUCCGGUGACCUAACCUGUCUGAUCAAGGACACCUGUACUUCAGUCAGCUGUUGUAUGGACGUCAAUUUCCUACAGAGGGCGUUCGAGACCUACGUCACAAUCGACCCUUGUAACUACCUCCUGGAAGUGGGCAUCGAGAAGUUGUACUUCAAUGUCAGCUUAAACGAUUUCACAUUUGGAACAACAGGGAAAUUCUAUUUGAAUGGCAUUGUUCGCAUUGAGUACACCAUUGAGGAUAUGCCAGUGGAGAGACAGUUCAAGGUCUCAUUGGUUCUCAAAGUCUGUUUUGAGGCCACAGAUGACAGCAAGUGUAUACUGAGUUUGGAUGUGUUGAAAGACACACUGUUGCCAAAGUCUAUCUGUGACUGGGUGGCUGACUUUUCUACACCGAACUUUGAUAUCAACCAGUGGUACACAGCUGAAGGCAUCAACCCUAAUGCUGUACUGAGCCUUGUGGACAGAGAGAAGCUGCUCAAUAAACUAGGAAUCAGCUCCUACCUCAGUGUCAACCCUUGCUCCUUCUCAUCGGAUACAUACAGCCCAGCCAAUGCCAAGGGAUGGAAAAACGAUUGUAAAAAGGACCUGUCUACGGUGUUGCCCACCCUGCCCGUCUUUGCCCGCUGUAACAUUGCCUCGCACUGUACGGGUGUGACAUGCUGUUUGGCGGAGAGCUCAGUCCUGGGCACACACUACACCGUGGGCGUCCAUCUUGAUGACUGCAACCACGUGCUGACCAUCAGUGUGGAACAGCUGUCACUUAAAGUCAACCUUAAUGGAUACAGCUUUGGGGUGUCAGAGAAGCGAUAUUUGAUGAGUGUUGUACAGUUUGAAUUCACCAUUGUUGACCUCCCAGCUGAGAAGAGCUACCAAAUCUCUGCUAGUUUUGCUGUGUGUUAUGGAGUAGGGACCUGUAUUAUUGACAAGACAGAUCUACUGACAAACUACAAGUUACCUAAGUCUCUGUGUGAAUGGGGCUCCGGAUUCAAAAUACCUGAGUUCUCUGGCAUUUCCUGGAUGACAGCUAAGAACCUGGCCCUGUCAACAGCACUCUCUACUGCCGAUUCUGACUCCUUGUUGUCAUUACUGGGCAUGGACCAGUUUCUGUACGAUGCUCCCAACCAGUGUGUCCGGACAGACGCCAAGUAUACGCCCAGCACAAAUGGCUGGAAAAACGACUGCCCAAAAGCUUCAGCCCCUGUGGCCCUGCCGGACAAGGUGUCAUGUCUGAUCCCAGACAUCUGUACCGGCAUUGACUGCUGCGCGGAGGUGGAUUUCCUGGCGGGGCGUUCCAUCAACACUCAGGUCUUACUGGACCCCUGUCAGUCCAUUAUGAGCCUCAACCUGGAGAAAAUGCAGUACAAUGUGACCCUGUUCAACUACGAAUUUGGAACCACAGAUCACUUCUCCCUACAAGGAGCUCUCAGAUUAGACUUUAACCUGCAGAAUUUAAAGAUACAAAGGAAAUACCUACUAAACCUGAAUUUGAGUCUCUGUUUGGAGGCAUCCAAUCCCAAUGACUGCAUAUUCUCUGUGCCAAUUUUUGAGAAUGCCAUUCUUCCCAAGAAUCCAUGCAACAUUGACCUGAACUACAUCAAUCCAAGUUUUGAUUUGUCUUCAUGGAAAACCCUCAACAGUUAUAGUUCCAUACUGACUAGAGAGCAGACCCUAUUCUUGUUGAGAGAACUAGGAAUUGAGGAGUAUGUAGGAGCAGGAUGUUCUAGGACUGCUGCUCCUUAUAGUCCAGAGACACACCCAGGAUGGAAUGUCUCAUCAGGCUGUCCCAUCACACCCCCUACCCUUCCCAGCAGUAAGAUCAGCUGCUAUGUAGGCAGUACCUGUACUAGUGUCUCCUGCUGUCUGCAGGAUGACAUCACCAUGCUGUCCUAUCAGCUGUCCCUGGACAUUGACGCCUGUGCGGAGAAAAUGACCAUUCAGUUGGAGAAGAUGUUCUACACUGUGUCCUUGUUUGACUAUCAGAUGGGAACCAAGGGAACAGCCAAACUCUUUGGAGUCCUUGUCAUAGAAUAUGUGAUAGAUGAUCUGGCCCAGAUCAACCAUUUCGUUGUGGACAUGACAGUGAAGCUGUGCUACAGCAGUGGAUCCAGCUGUGAACAUGACGUUGUUGUACUACAAGGCUUCAAGCUCCCUAAACCGCUGUGUAACUUUGCAGGAGGAAUGUUUGCAAUUCAAGACUUCUCACUGAGCAAGUGGAUCUCUGACAAGAAGGCUGACCUCCAGGGAGCCAGUCUGGAGCAGUGGGCCAUUGAUCUGUUGAAGUCAGAGCUGAAGAUCUCCAACUUCCUACUGAAUCCAGCGUGCAGCAGAGCAAGUCUUAGUGCGGGAGAGGGCAACUGGAAUCUGGCUUCUUGUCCCAGUGCUCCCAGCAUCCCUGCACUGCCUGGCCACACCUCCUGUUCUCUGGCCUCGUUUUGUUCUGGUGUGGUGUGUUGUACAGAUGUAGCCCUCCUGAAAACUUCCAUUCAGUCUGAGGUGAAGAUUGACAGGUGUAAAGGCAAGGUCUUUAUCACACUGGAAAAACUAGAAGUCGUCAUUAUCCUCACCAAGUUUGAGUUCUCAACGUGGCAGAAGUACACUCUGCAGAAUGUCUUCCGUCUAGAGUACAAGAUAGAUUUCCUGUCAGCAGAGAGUGCAUUCUUGUUCAACAUGAAGUUCAGUGCUUGCUUUGAGAGUGCUGGUGAUUGCAGACUCAGCUUCCCCAUCAUGACCGAUGUCAAAGUGCCAUUCUUGCCUUGUGAUUUCAAAACUCUUCCAUUUGCCAUACCAGGCUUCACAUUUAGUGAUUUCCUGACCAGGAAGGGUCUGCCUGGGUCAACUACUGACCUACAGAGCCUGGUGGCUGAACAGCUGAUGGAGGAGCUGGGUGUAGGGGGGUUCUUCAGCGCCUCCUCCUGUGACAGAGCCAACUAUACAGCAGCCCUGGCCUCAGGGUUUGAAAUUGAUUCAGGCUGUACAGAGAACAUCACUCCAUAUCUACCAACCCUGCCCAGUAAUACCAACUGUAGGAUAUCAUCCUCAUGUACUGGAAUCACCUGUUGUACCGAUGUCUCGACCAUUGGACGGACACUACAGUACAGUAUAGACAUUGAUGCCUGUACCCACACACUGACCCUGGCCAUUGAGGACUUCAGAUUCAAAAUCUCCCUCAUUGACUUCAAAUUCGGAGUGGAACAGAAGUUUACCAUUGACCAAGUUUUCUCUCUAGAGUACAAGAUAACAGAUCUGAGUGGACUGCGACAGUUCCUGGUGGAUGCCAAGCUGAGUGUGUGCUUCAAUGACCCCUCCCCCUGCGUUAUACAGGGCACCCUCCUCAGUAACUACCUGGUCACCAAACCAUCUUGUGCCUGGUACACAGGGUUCUGGAAAUCUGAUUUCUCCUUGUCAACAUACAUCUCAACCAAUAACCUGCCCAGUCUUGGACAGCUGAGUUCCAGUCAUGUCUCCAAGCUGUUGGAGAUUCUUGGAAUCUCAAAGUACAUGAAGCAGCCAGCUUGUGAGAAGGAUUCUGGAAUAUAUGAGGAUGCAUAUCAGGGAUGGAAGUCUGCCUGUCUGAAGGACAGCGGAGUCAGCAAGCCAGUGAUUGACAGCAACCUGGCUACCUGUAUCCUUCAGGACAUCUGUACAGGUGUGCAGUGCUGUGUCAGUGUCCCCAGGUUCGGCCUCUCUGUGGAGACCUUCGUACAGGUCAGUGCCUGCGACCACCAGCUGAGGGUCGGCAUCGAAAACCUACGGUUCAACAGGAGUCUCUUUGGCUACAAGUUUGGAGAGAAGGAGCAGUUUGACUUGUAUGGCUUUGUGGUCAUAGACUUCAUCAUAACAGACCUUAAGUUUGAGGGAAAUGAUGGACACUACUUGGUGAAUCUCAAUGUCAGUGUGUGCUACGAAUCAGGACAGCCUUGUGCAGUUGUAAUACCAGUCUUUGAAAACACAGCCCUUCCCAAGGAAACUUGCAACAGAGAUCAAGAUUUCCUUGACUCGUCUUUCUCACUGGCAAGCUGGAAGACAAACCUAGGCUUGUCUGGGCCCACCCUGGAGGUCCAUUACAUCAGACAGCUCCUGCAUGACUUGGGGGUGGCCACUUACCUGAAGGACUCCAGUAGUAAAUGUGACUGGUCACAGCCUCCAUAUAGUACUGCUGAUGCCAAUGGAUGGACAGAUAAUUGUGGCACACCAACAGCAGGACUGGCUUCUCUUGGGACAAAAACAAAGUGUGCCAUCUCCGACUCCUGUACCAAUGUCCACUGUUGUCUGCAGUCAGACACCAUACAGGAAACGCUGGACGCUUACAUUGAUGUAGACAUAUGCAACGGUAAAAUUGAAGUUGGAAUAGAGAAGUUCCACUGGAGCGACAGACUGCUGGGCUACGAGUAUGGGACAGUCAAGCAUGUGUCUAUGCUGGGGCUGGUCAAUCUAGACUACUCUCUGCUGGACUUGGAAUCGGAAAAUGUAUUUGUUGUCAGCAUGAACCUGAGUGUGUGUUACGAGUCAGCUGGUCCCUGUGAAAUCAGCAUCCCUGUGUUUGACCAACACAAACUCAACAAGCCAGCAUGUAAUUGGACCAGAGGCUUCGCUGUGAAUGACUUUUCGAAGGAGACUUGGUUGGAUUCUCGAGGCUACGCCGCCAAUAGCACACUUCCCUCCUAUGUCAUCUCGGAGCUGUUGCAUGACCUUGACAUCAUUCAGUACCUGGGAGAGUCCAGCUGUAACAGAAAGUCCAUUCCAUUCCAUCCAAACAGAAAUGGAUGGAAUACAGGUUGUGAUCAGCCAGUGAGCUUGGCUCCCAUUGGGUCAGACACCACCUGUCACCUGUAUAGCUUCUGUACGGGGGUCAGGUGCUGCUCAGACCUACCCCAGCUCCAGAGGUCCUUCAACACCUGGCUCAUUCUGGACCACUGCAACUUCAAGCUCAGUGUGGGCAUUGAGAGGUUCUCCAUUAACAUUAGUCUGCAUGAUGUUAAGUUUGGCAGGAAGGAGGUGGUCAAUCUCAAUGGUGUUGUCAGACUUCAGUAUGAAAUUGAUGACCUGGUGAGUGAGAGAAAGUUUUCAGUCAACCUAAAUCUGCAGAUUUGUUUCGAGUCCAACAAACCAUGUGACAUAGACAUUCAAGUGUUUACCAACACAAAACUUCCCAAAAAGCCCUGUGAUUGGACUACAGACUUCAUCAAUGAAGCCUUUUCAUUUGCAUCCUGGAAGUCUUCCCGUGGAAUCACAAGCUCUGGCCUGACAACGAACCAGCAGAAUGAACUGAUGGAGGACCUCGGCCUGUCCCAGUUUGUCAACAAAGACCUGCAGAAGUGCAGCAGCAGUAAUGCACCUUAUGCUGGAGCUGUCAACAACUGGAAGAAUGAGUGCCCCCUCACACUGAAGUCUGCCCUGCCCUCCCUGUCCGCUCAGCCCAUCACCUGUCAUGUGGACUCCUCCUGUGGUGGUCUCCAUUGCUGUAUCAAUGUGGCUUCCCUCAGCACCACUUUUGCCACCAAGCUGGAAGUGGACCCGUGUAACUACAAGAUGACUGUGGGUAUUGAGAAGCUCGUCUUCUCCAAAGAUCUGUUUACCUAUGAGUGGGGCAAGGAGGAACAAAUGUGGAUGUUUGGAGUGGUUAGGAUGAAGUUUAGGGCUGUAGACUUGUACACAGAGGGUUUCUUCCUGAUGGACCUGAAGUUUGAAGUGUGUCUGGAGGCCAGCCAGGUAUCUUCUUGUGGACUGUCAGUAGAUAUACUACAGAACUUCUACCUCCCCAAGAAAACGUGUGUGUGGAAUGCUCCAUUCAUCACACCUGGAUUCAAUCUGACAUCCUGGAGAGCCACAGAGGGUGUGGCUGACACUGUUCCAAUGGAGUCGGGAGCUGUGGAUAACCUCUUGUCUGACCUGAACACUGCAGGGUUUCAAUUGUUCCCAUCUUGUGCUCACACAGACAGGACUUACCAGAAUGCCGCAGCUGACUGGGCACAAUACUGCCCAGAGGUAGUCCAGACAAGUUUGUCAUCAGUGUCGGACAAGGCCCUGUGUGCUGUGUCCUCAAGCUGUACCAGCAUCAGGUGCUGUGUGGCUGUACCUCUCCUGAACAGGACAUUCGAGGUCAGCCUGGAGAUUGACGAGUCCUACUAUGUCAUGAGAACAAGCGUGGAGAAAAUGCAGAGGAGACAGUCCCUUGUAGGGUACACAUUUGGUACAGAGGAAACACUCAGUAUAAAUGGAGUCUUUGAACUUGUCUACAAGGUGAAUGAUUUGGUGGAUGGUAACAUGUUUGAUGUCUCCAUGGCUGCCAAGGCUUGUUUUGUGGAUGGUGGAGACUGCGAGUUUAGCCUCCCUAUUCUGACCAAUGCACUGAUUCCAAAGACAGGCAGACAGUGGGAUGAUGCCUACACAACCAAAGACUCCCUGAGUCAGUGGCUGAGUGAGAGGAAGCUCACUCCUGGUGCUGUGCUGCCCUCCUACCGAGUCAGUGAACUGUUUGAGACGUUCUCCCUCAAACCAUACCUUCAGUCCACCGCAUGUUCUGCAACAAAUGCCCCAUACUCAGGAGGCUCCAGUGGAUGGAAAAAUGAUUGUGCUGCAGUUACUAGUCUGUCAACUCUGACCUCUGACCCUUUGAACUGUCACCUUGACAGCAACUGUAACAAGGUGUCAUGCUGUGUGGACUCGACCUUCACCUCCCGGACCUUUGAGGCCGUGAUGGUCAUUGAUCCUUGCACCAGAACACUGACGUUGGAGAUUGAGGACUUGAAAGCUGUCAUUCCCUGGUCAGAGAUCAAGUGGAGUACUCCCAGCAAGUUCUAUCUCUUCAGUGUUGUAAGAAUAGACUAUGUCAUCCAUGACUUGUAUGCAGAGAACUUCUUCUUGGUGGAUCUGAAGAUUUCCAUGUGUUGGGAGUUGUAUGGAGAUUGUGAAUUUGUUUCCACCGUUUUCCAAAACACAUUCCUACCAAAGAGAACCUGCCCAGGCAACAUGGACUUCAAGAAUGCAGGUUUCUCUCUGAGUACAUAUGCCAGCACCAACAGCCUUGACCAGAACAAUCUCCAGGGCAAUGACCUGGCUUACCUGUAUGAUUACCUGGGGAUUUCUAGUUACCUGAACACCCCCACCUGUAACAGGAGUGAGGACAAGUACACACCCAGCACCAAUGGUUGGACAAGCAAUUGUACAACUGAUCUGACCAGCCAGCUGCCAGCAUUGGAUUCUGUGACAAACUGUGUGAUAGACUCUUCCUGUACAAGUGUGGAUUGCUGUAUGGAGGUUCCCAAACUGUCGGCCCGCCCACUUAACUUUCACCUCUCUCUGGAUGACUGUGAUUGGAAGAUCAGUUAUGGAAUGGACAGUUUUGUCAUUCAGCCCACUGUGCUAUAUGAUUUUACCUUUGAUCAAUGGAAUGAGUUCUGGAUGAGAGGAGUCUUCAGAAUGAAGUUCAAGGUCACGGACCUGAGUGGACUUAACAAAUUCAGGGUCAGCUUAAUUAUCAGUGUUUGCUUUGAAAGUGGAAGUGCAUGUGAAGUAGAACAAACUAUUCUAAAUAAUGCCAUUUUGCCUAAGCCACAGUGUGACCUUAAUAUUGGAACUCAAGGAAAAGACUUUGUACUCAACAACUGGAAGAGUGAAAAAGGUGUGACUACAAUGGAAGAAUCCAGCAUUGCAAGACUGGAGGAGGAUUUAGACAUGUUUGGUUACCUCAAUAAGGCAGCAGAUAUUUGCAAUAAAACUGCAGGAAUAUUUGCAUCUCCAGCAACUGGAUGGACCAAUGACUGCCCCGCCUCAUUACUGAUUUCCCUACCUGUAAUCAGUGGACCUUUGACCUGUAACCUGGGGUCAUCAUGCUCAGUGCUGACCUGUUGUGUGUACGCUGAGCCACUGUCCAAACAUGUAACCACGGUUCUAAACCUGGACUUCUGUAACGACAAGAUGACAGUCGGCAUAGACAGGUUCUCCAGGGAAAUCAGACUCAGCACUUACCAGUCCUGGGGUCAGCAGCAGACACUAGACUUAAGUGGGAUCUUCCAAGUGAAUUUUACAAUUGAUGACUUGCCCAACUCUAACCUGUAUUUGGUCAGCUAUGCUCUUGGAGUAUGCUGGGAAGGCUCCAGUAAUUGCGAGGGAUACGCCAUUAUGACAAAUAUACUGCUUCCCAAAACUACCUCCACAUGUAACUGGAAGGCAGACUUUGUGGAUCCUGCAUUCAGCCUAUCAACCUGGCAGACCUCUAACAGUCACGCAGACAGCACACCUUUGACUGAGCAAGUUCUCCAGGACUUGAUGAAGUACCUCCAGAUGUCACGCUACAAGGAUGAGGACUGUGUGAUGACAGCACCCCCAUAUACUCCCAACAAUGGAGAUGGCUGGAACAUCACUUGUCCAGACAACUCUAAUCAGACAGCUCUACCCAGCACAGUGGCCUGCCACCUCCCUGACUCCUGUACAGGGCUGGACUGUUGUGUAUCCAGCUCCAAGCUUGGCAGGAAGUUCCGGGCCACACUGGACAUAGAUCCAUGUACCUCAAUGGUCUCUGUUGGAAUUGACAAGUGGAAGUUCUCAGAAAUCUCACUGGAUACCAUUACAAAAUUAGAAACAGAAAUGACAAAGAGUGUCUGGCUUAAAGGAGUAGUAAGAAUGGAUUUCACUGUUGAAAACCUUUGGAGUGCAAACAAAUAUCUAGUCAACUUGAAGUUGAGCGUUUGUCUGUCUGUCAGUGGAGCCUGUGAAGUUGAGAACAUAACUAUCUUUGAAAAUGCUGUUCUUUCCAAGAAACCAUGCAACUUCAACUCACAGCUUCCAUCAGGAUUUUCACUAUCCUCCUGGAAAACCAGCCAUGGAUUCAGUUCAGCCGACCGUUUACCAGUGCACACUGCAGCUAAGGUUCAGGACUUACUGAAGCUUCCCUUGUACAGGCUGAGCUCAGCAUGCAGCAGAACCCUGGCACCAUACUCCCCAACUUACACUGGAUGGGUUGAAUUGAACUCUGGCUGUCGUAUCCGUGGCCUGCCAUUCAAUCUGAGACAACAGACGUACUGCGUGGUGGAAUCCAGCUGUACUAAGAUCCAGUGCUGUACGGAUGACUCCGAGUUCCAGUCCACCAUCGCCUGGUUCAUUGACAUGGAUUCCUGUAACCAUCAACUGGAGGUCGGCAUCGAGGGCCUCAAGUCCAAGGUCUCCCUGCUCAACUAUAAGUUUGGUGAACAAGAUUCGUUUAGCCUUGGAGGAGUGUACCAACUAAGCUAUGUGAUCCAUGACCUGAGCAGUGAAUCUCACUUCCUGAUGAGUGUCAAUGUCAGCAUCUGCUAUGAACCCAACAACUGCUCCCUGUCAGAGGUUGUAGUGCAGGAUGUCAUGUUUCCCAAACCUGUCUGUGACUUCAAGAGCACAAGCUUCAAGAUGACAGGUUUUGAGUUGUCCACCUGGAGUGCAGAUCAUGGUUUCACGGUUGGAACAACUCUGCCAGACUAUGGUGUGAUGCAGCUGCUGAAGGACUUGGGACUGGCUAUGUACAUGAAAGAGAACACGUGUACUCCGUCAGACAACUUCUAUGUCAAUAACACUGAUGGAUGGCAGAAAGAAUGUCCUCUUGAUAUUGCCACAACUGCCUUAUCUUCUGGCAUUGUGUGCCACAUUCCGUCAACCUGCACCACCGUACAGUGCUGUUUGGAUGCCACCACUCCACUGGGGCGGUCCUUCACCACUGUCCUAGAUCUAGAUCCCUGCACCCACCAACUUACACUGGGAAUCGAGAAUUUUGUGCUGAAGGUCUCCUUGUAUGACUUUGAGUUUGCCAAGGAACAGUACUAUUAUUUGAACAAUGUUGUCAGAAUGAAAUAUGCUGUGUAUGACCUGAAAAUAGACAGGAAGUACCUGGUAGACCUGAGUAUAGCGCUCUGCUUCAGCACCGCUGGACCAUGUGUGUUGGACACUGUGGUCUUACAGCAUGUUGUCCUACCAAAGCGAGUCUGUAAUCUCUACGCAGGAUACUCUAAAACCAAUUUCUCGCUGUCUGAAUGGAAAAAUGAAAACAGAGUUACAUCUAGUGACCUCUCAUCCACUGAGAUUGCUCUCCUGCAAGAGGAUCUUGGGAUAUCGGAGUACAUGAUGUCCUCUAGCUGCUCCAGACAAUCAGGAAACUACAUCCCACAUACCUACUACUGGAGUGAUGCUUGUGGUAAGGUGUCUGGAAUGACCCAGUUUACCUCCGGAGACAACAUCAACUGUUACCUGGCUUCCUCUUGUACCCAGUUUACCUGUUGUAUGGAUGAUCUAGUUAUACAAAGACCGGUGGAUAUUCAAUUCACCCUGGACAAUUGCAACUUCAAUCUCCAUGUCCAGAUAGAAAAACGGGCUGUGGAUAUCUCGCUCCUUGACUAUAAAUGGGGAACUUUGGAAAAGAUGGAUCUGUUUGGAAUCUAUGUCAUCAGUUUCACAGUAGAGAAUCUCUACAGAGAGGGGGCCUAUCUUCUGAGUGCCAACAUCAGUCAGUGCUACGAAGCCAACCAGGACUGUGCCAUAAACCAUGUCCUGUUCACAAACUCCCUCCUUCCCAAGUCUGUUUGUAACUGGUCCUCCGAUUACAAGAUUGCCAACUUCUCUUUGUUGACCUGGAAAAUGGACAGGAGUCUUGGAGCAGGAGAUAUCCCAGAUGUAUACUUGCUUCAGCUGUUAGAGGAGACCGGGCUUGCCGGUUAUGUUAAGCAACCAACAUGUGACAAGGCAGCUGGAUUAUACACAGGGGCAACCAAUGGGUGGACCAAAGCCUGCAGUGCCAGUGUCACCUUACCAACCUUGACCUCUGACAUCAGCUGUCACCUGGAUGACACUUGCACUGGUCUUCAGUGUUGUGUUGCUUCUUCUCAGCUGAAGAGAAGUUAUGAGGUGUAUUUCAGCAUUGAUCAUUGCACCAGCAGCCUCAGCAUUCAGAUAGAGAAGGUCUUCUAUAACCGCACCCUGGUCGGAUUUCCAUGGGGUACUGAACAAGAAUUUAGACUUCAAGGAAUUUACAGAGUGAAAUACACUUUGGACGAUUUGCCCCAUGAUCGAGCCUAUCUUGUGUCAAUGCAAAUUAUGGACUGUUACCAGACCAGUGACCCACAAUGUAUUGCUGGCGAUACUUUUACAGUGCUAGAUAACUCCAUCAUACCAAAGGCUCUGUGUAGCUGGGACCAAAGCUUCAUCACCACAAACUUCUCACUGACUGACUGGUUGUCUGAGAACGGUCUGGCUGACACCACUGCCCUGUCCAAUCAGGACCACAAGUUGUCCCAGUUAUUGGACCAGCUGUCUGUGUCCCAGUACUUACUGACCACCCCCUGUACCCCCACCUCAUCCUCCGCUGUGGAUGGAUGGACUCAGUCUAUAGAUUGCCUAAAGACAGUGUCCAAACCCAGUGUAUCAGGGAGUUUGUGUAACCUGAAGUCAGACUGCACGUCCUCAGAGUGCUGUACAGAGAUAGACUUCCUGAAGCGAUCUCUUCACACCUACCUGGAUAUAGAUCCAUGCAACUUUGUCAUGAAAGUUGGAAUCGAGAAAUUCAGUCGAGAAAUUUCACUGGCAGAUUACCAAUGGGGAAAAUCUGAGCAGCAUUGGUUGGCUGGAGUAGUAAGAAUUGAUUUUACCAUAGAAGAUUUGUAUGGAUCUCGGCAGUUCCUGGUUAAUCUGGAUGUAAACUUCUGUUUUGAAUCCUAUGGAGAUUGUUACAAGAAUGUCACAGUAUUCAAAGACACAUUGCUUCCCAAGAAACUCUGUCCAUUCACUGACAACCCAGGGUUCUCCUUGAGUGCCUGGAAGGACAAGCAGGGAAUAGCUGCAGCCGACCCCCUCCCAGCCUGGGCCCAGAUCCUGUUGUUGGAGGAGCUGGACAUUGCCCAGUACAUGGACUCCGCCCAGUGUGUCCGGGGGACAGGCCUGUAUGGCAACACCGUCAAACUGGGGACAGACACAGGGUUCAACCAAAACGCUGCCAGUACACCACAGUUGUGUCAACUCAGUGUAGACCUGGCAGCAAAUGCUUUGGAGGCCACCACAGCUAGCCAGGUGUCUUGCUAUCUCCCUACUCUGUGUACAGCAGUGGACUGUUGUGUCGAUGUUCCAGCCAUCAGCACCUCCUUCAAUGCUCAUGUAGAGAUCGACCCAUGCAAGUACAUGUUGAAAGUUGGAAUAGACAAGUUCAGCUUCAAUAAAUCCUUGGACCAAUACACAUUUGGAACUGAUGAAAUGUUCUAUAUGGCAGGAAUACUUAGACUGAUGUACAACGUUCGAGACCUGCCCAAUGAGAGGCUCUAUGUAGUCACGGUGAAGCUAAGUGUGUGUACGAACAGCUCUGGCUGUGAGGCCAAUCACACCAUCUUUGAGAACAUGCUUCUGCCCAAACAGCCCUGUUCCUGGGAUGAAGGCUUCAUCAAUACAAACUUCUCUGUGUCGGCUUGGAUCAGCAGUAACUCCUACACUCCCACUCUGUUGGAUUACCAGGCCCUGGAGCUGAUGAAUGAGAUGAAGGCUGCUCGCUAUCUCCUGGAGACACCCUGUGAUCUCACAGCCUCCACUGGCAUCUACUCCAAUCCAGUCGAUGGCUGGAACAAAUGGUGCCCCUCUAAUGUGAAGUUGAACAAUCUGACUGGACAGCCAAUGGUGUGUCACCUGGAUGCUAACUGUGAGGAAGUGGACUGUUGUGUACAGGUAGACACAGCCAGGAGGACCCUGAGGGCCAGCCUCAAGCUGGACCCCUGCUCCCAGAUCAUGACAGUCACACUGGAGAGAUUCACCAUCAAAGUCGAUCUUAUGAACUAUGCAUUUGGAACCACAUCACAAUACAGUUUAGUUGGAAUGCUGAGAAUGGAUGUAAAUGUGAAGGAUCUGACCUCCAAGAAUGAGUACGUGGUAGACCUGGACAUCAGUGUGUGCUUUGAGAGCAAUGGUACCUGUGCUAUUGUGGCAUCAGUACUCAGUAACUCCCACCUGCCGAAAACAACUUGUGAUUGGUCCACUGGUCUUCAAGGGUUCUCACUGAAGAACUGGCUGGAGAUGACCAUGAAGGUGAAUGGCAGCACCAGUCCACUGCCUCAGUACCUCCAGCACUUGUUCUUUGAGGAGCGGGGAAUCGCUAACCUGAUGAAGGAUACCCCCUGUAACCAGGCCACAGACCCCUUGUACGCAGGCAUUAAAGUAAAUGGAUGGAUAUCAUUAUGCACAGCACUACCAAGCCUACCACCCCUGGCCACUGGAAUCACCUGUAAUAACCCCACCUCAUGCAGUGCUGCCACCUGUUGUAUGGACAUCACUCGCCUCAACAACCUGCCCAUCGAAGUUUCCCUUGAGUUCCAUGAGUGUGCCAACUAUCUGGAUAUAUCAAUGGAAAGGAUACCCAUUUCCAUUCCCUUGCAUACAUUUGAUUAUGGAACACAGCAGAAGCUAUCUCUUAAAGGGGUUUUUGAAGUAGUAUACACCAUAACAAGAAACGUGAUGGAGAGGAAGUACUACUUUGAUUUGGCUGUUUCUGCCUGCUACGAAUCAACAGGAUGUGAUCAGACUUACGUCAUCUUUAAUCAAACAGCUUUUGAUAUCAAACAGUGCACGUAUAAUGAUGGUUUCCUAAAUCCAGUAUUUUCCUUGGCCAACUGGAUGUCUACCCGAUCCAUUCCUGGAGUAGAGAACAUAACCAACGUCCAGGCCAAUGAACUGCUUUUGGAGCUGGGUCUGGAUCACUUCCUGUCUAAUCCAGACAGGUGCUCCCUGGAUGAUGCCGUAUAUGGAGCAGCCAAUGAAUACGGAUGGAACAAUGAAUGUACCAGCUUCCCCAACGACACGGUAUCCAACAUUACGGACACGAACAAAGUGCGUUGUCACAUUCCGUCAUCAUGUGACAGAGUUUCAUGCUGCGUCUAUGUCCAGGAGGUCCACCGCCACGCCAAGCUGGAGCUGAACAUGGACACGUGUAACUACCAGAUGGAGGGAGCCAUCGACAAUCUCAGAAACACUUACGCGCUCUUUGACUAUAGCUGGGCUAAAAAUGAACAAAUUUCUCUACAUGGAGUGAUACGAUGGGGAUACCAUGUGACCCAUGUAAGCUCAAAGAAGAAGUUCCUUGUGGAUGGAACAAUCAAGUUGUGUUUUGAACAGGCGUCGUGCAGUUUAGAUUUAAGUUUGUUCCAAGACUUGCCUCUGGGAUAUCAGUCCUGUGUGCCAACUGAUCCUGUCCCAUUCCAAGGUGUCAGCUUUGACUUCUGGAGACAGACACAGUGCACUCCUCUGACAUUUGUUCCUAAUUUUUGUGCAAACAUUGAUGGUGUAAGUAGUACCAGUGCCUUGGCAAACUGUAACUACCUGAGUGACUGCUCGGGCCUGGAGUGUUGUAUAGACAGUGCCUACAUCCUGGGAAACCGCUCAAUCUACUUCCAAAUCAAAGUCGACUGCACCAACAUUGAAUACCAGAUCGAGACCAAAUCUGUGUCUAAGUCCCUAACCGCCCUCACUGAUGGUGUCCCUUACACGGAGGACAUAGGCACAGGACCUUCAUUCCGACUGACUUAUCAGAAGACCAAGAAUGUUGCGAACUAUGCCAUCGGUGCCAGCCUAACCCUUAAUGGAGUCACUUCUGAUCCAUCAGAAACUGUCACUCAUGAUAUUCUAUCAAAUGUUCGUUUUGAUUCUACUUCUUGUGUUGGGAAGAAACGAAGAAGAAGGAGGCAGGCCCAAAAUCCUGACCAAUUAGAUCCUACAAAUUUCUCAGAAGGUCUGAGGAUUUUGAUGAAGAAUGGAGCCACAAGUGAACAGAUUGAAGCCUUUAAACAGCAGUGUGAGGAAGCUGAUAGAGCAGAGAAGGAGAAGAAUCUGCAGGCCACACCUGUAUCUGAUGAGGACUUCACCACCAGUGUCAAGUCUGGAAUCGAUGCUCUAGGGUCCGGGAACCCAAUGACGAUUCAGACUAGUGGGGCACUACCAGGGACCAUCACAGUACAGGGAGGUGAUGCCAUUACUGGAAUGAUUGGCCAAGUGACAGAGAUUGCUGGUCGGGCCAAACAGGCUUUCAUUGUGGGACAGGGUUUGUCACCAGAAGGAGCCAAGCUGUUAGGCAAGAAGCUGGCCUGUAUGACCAUCGGUGAUCUAGAGGGGUUACUUGAAAUGAAGAACAUUGAUCCAUUCAAAGUGAUUGAACUAAUGGGACACCUGAAAGAUCUGGCUAAAGCUUUGUACUCUGAAUUCAUCACCAAGCUUUUCAGUGACUCUGAUAACAUCUUCAAGAGCUUUGAUUUGGAACUCAAAGGAGAUUUUAGUUUUCCCAAGCAAAACAUCAACUUCUUUAAAUUCAACAAAAUUUUCUUUGUUGGAGGCAUUAUCACAAUGACGUUUGGGUUUGGUGCUGAUGGCUACUAUGGGAUGAAGUUUGUGGUAGGAGCCAAGGUGAUGGAUAUGAAGGCCAAUGCCGGCUGUGAGCCCUUUGGUGGGGUGUCUGUGUGGGGAGAGCUGGGUAUCGGAUUAUUGUUGUAUGGAAAACUACGACUGGAAGGCAACAUCAUGGAUAUGGGGUUCCCAACUACAGCUGAGAUAGAAUUCAAGAAGUUCCCCCUGGAUGUACAGUUACAGAUGUAUUUGCGUUUGACCCCAAUUAAGUUGACUUUGUAUGCCUUGGUAACUUUGGAGGUGGAUUUAGGUUUCACAAGCUUCAAGAAAGUUUUGUUCAAAACGAAACUCUGGCGUUAUAAAGCUCCAACCAUUAUGAAGUUACUGAUAGACAACACUAAGAAAGAAGAAGAUGAAUCGCCACCAGAAGUCAAAAGCUUCGGGGGUGACACAAAGGAAGGUGAGUGUGGUGUUCUACAGGAGGUCGGGCGAGAUCACACGGAGCCAGAGUUCACCGUGUUCUUGGAGGCAGAGGAUGAUAGGAGUAAUGUGAUCCUGACCCUGGAUGUGGGCACCGUCCCAGGGGGCACCAACGUCCUGUCAGGGACCGAGCUCGGAGGAUUCUCAACCACUCUUAACGAAAUUCUGCAGCCAGCUGGAGUCCCCCUGUUCUUCACUGUUAUUGUUGCCAAUGAAGCAGGGAACAGUGUGCGCGCCACCUGCUCUCUCCCCACAUACGACAUGACCAUCCCUGGGGGUAGGAUGACCGAGUCAUUCCGCUCCACUAGUAACCCCCGCGUCCUGAAGGGCACUGUCACUGUGUACGACGACUCCGUCAUUGCCAAGAGCAGUGUGGCUGUAGGCUUCGGGAAGGACAUAUUCGGCGAACAGAUCAUCCGAUGGAGCAGUUCCAAGAUAGAGGCCAAUUCUAUUGACUAUAAUGUUUCUCCUGACCCGCUGCAUCAAAAAGUACUGACUAUAUUCUCUGAUGGCAAAUUGGCCAGACUGGUGGGUAAAGGAAUCCUGUCUGCUGAGUAUGAGAAAAUCUCCACCCCUGGGGAGUGUGCCACUCUGUGUAACUCCAUGCACGUCACCAAGUGUCUCAGCUUCAACUAUGACUUUGGCACCAGUGGACACUGUGAACUGCUAGAGGCUAUUGAAGGGCAUGACUUCAAAACUUCACUGGAUGGCUUAUACAUGCACUACGAGAAACUGGGUGUUGGAUCCAACAAGGCUUUCGAGUACAACAACCUGCAGAUGUUGCACAACAAGCUGCACUUCUUCAACUUCCAAGUGAUCAACGUCCUGGGCUACCAGAACAUCCUGUCCUCUCACUCCAUCAUCACUGACUUCACACCGCCUCUGUACACAGAAUCCCAAAUGAAUGUGACAAGUGAUAUAAUGGAGGCCAUUCCGUGUGAGGACAUAGUACCCAAUGACAGAGUGGACUGGGAGAGGAUCCACUGUGUGGGCGUGGACGCCAAGUUCAAGAACCACCGUGUGGUGGUGGAUGGGGAGGGCUCGGAGACCGUCUAUAAUGGACACGAGUUCAAAACCGACCUGAGGUACACAAGGGCCAACAGAUAUGUCUCAGCUAACUGGGAUGGCAUCUAUGACCAUGAGACAGGGCUCCUGGGAUACUCUGUAACUGUGGGAACUGCCCUAUGUGAGGAGAAACUGAAGGAACACCAUGACCCCCACGCUCAUCUGUUUGACCCCUCCCAGUGGACCAACAGUGUCAUGAUGACCCCACUGGUGCCUCCCCAACUCCCAGAUGGGAAGUAUUAUGUAACAGUGCGAGCCAUCAACAGGAUAGACUAUGGAGGACCACUGGCCCUGACCAUCUGCCACUCCACACCCUACAUCAUAGACAACAGUCCACCUAUCAUCUAUGAAAUCUACAACAUCAAGUAUGAUGAAGACAAAUUCAACCUGAGUCUGACCCAUAAUUCAACAGACCCUGACUCCGGUCUAAACAGGAAUGACUUCUGUCUGGGGCGCACUACGCGUGACUGUGAUGAGUUGAUGUGGACGCCCAUUGACUUCAACCCCAACAUCACACUGCUGCACCAGAUCACCAACGGAGUCCCUGUGUGGAUCAAACUCAAGGCUGUCAAUAAUGUGGACCUGAGAACCAUUGGAAUCUCUGACUCCCCCAUCAUCGUGGAUCAGUCCCCUCCAGUGGCUGGGGUAGUGUAUGAUGGAGACCAUUCUGGAGAGGAUCUUGUGUACAUGAAAGACAACAACAAGAUCUGCAGCAAUUGGCAGCACUUUUACGACCCCGAGUCUGGUAUUACUAUGUACAUGUUGAGUGUGGGCUCCCAGAAGAACAUCACAGAUGUUGCCAACCUGACCCAGUUCUCCUACAGAGAGAGCUCAGCCUGCAUAGACCUACCCCCAGAGCGGUACCUACAACACAACCAGAUGUACUACAGCACUGUGUGGGCCUACAAUGGCGGCAACAAACAGCUCAAUGUGUCAGUCACAUCUGAUGGAGUCCUGGUUGACCUGACAGAGCCAGAAUCAGGUGAUGUGAUUGAUGGGAAGGAGGCGACCUUUACUGACCUCGAGUUUACAACCAAUCAGGCCAAAGUAGAGCUCCAGUGGAGAAACUUUGAAGACCCUGAGUCCUUGAUCAAACAGUAUGAAGUCCUUGUGGAAAGUGCCAAGAACAUGAGUGAGAAUUUUGAAGUCAUUAGGAACUGGACCUUGUUCUCCAACGCUACCACUAGUGUGACAUGGCUCAACUUCCACCACCUGCACAGGGAUCGCAUCAGAACCACCCUGAAGACUACUAACGGUGCCCUGCGGUGGAUCCAGAAUUCCACCGACAGUUUUAUUGUGGACCUUACUCCACCUCUCUUGCAGUACAUCAGGGACGGAGUUGGGGCCAAAGACAGGGACUACCAGUCUGACUUGGACCAGUUGUCAGUGAGUUUUGGCUAUGUGGACAAGGAAUCUGGCGUCAACCACUACAAACUGCAGGUUUAUGAACUGUAUCAGGGAACCAGAACCCAGAAAUACCCCGCUGUAAGAAAUGACUGGAAAGAAAUAUCUGACAAGACAGCCACCUCUCACACUUGGACAGGCCUGACCCUGAGGGAAGGAGCGCGCUAUAGCAUGAGGGUGGGGGCCAUCAACAAUGCUGGGUACCUAGCUUCAUUCGAGACCAAUGGUGUAGUGAUUGAUACAUCUCCACCAAUUGUAUUUUGGCUGAGGGUUGGGGUGAUUGGAGGAGCCCCUGAGGAGAAGGUGGAAGGCUAUGUGUGGCAGGCAGACACCAAGGGCAUCAUGGUCUCCUGGCUCAGUGACGACCCACAGUCUGGCAUCGCUGGCUACCAGGUGGCUGUCGGUACUACUGCAGGAGGAACAGAUGUGUUGGGUUGGAAGUCAGUUGGGGCAGAGAGCAGUCAGUACAUCACAGGACUCACCCUUGAGCUGACCAACAUGACCACUAAGACCCCAGUGUACUAUGUGUCCAUGAAGGCAGAGAAUGGGGCAGGCAUCCUCAGUACUCAGGCUGUCACAUCCACACCCAUCAUAGUCGUACCCGAGGACAAGGCUGGAAUUGUUGUUGACGGAGCUGAAAAUGUUGAUAAUGUGAUCAAGAGCAGUGCAGCGGUCGACAUCACCACAGAUGUUGAUUACCAGUUGGACUCCAGCACAGUGUCUGUCCAGUUCUCCGGUUUUGAGAGUGCCCUCCAUGGGGUCAUGCAUUUUGAGAUGGCAGUAGGAACCAACCCAGAUGGUGGAGAGGAAGUGCUGGCUUACACAGACUUCAAUAUCGUCCAUAUUGAGGAGACAGAUAUUGCUGGAAAUGGACUGACAAGCUCUGGAUAUGCACAAGCGAAUCUGCCUCUGAAACCUAACACAACUUACUACACCACACUUAGAGGAGUGACAAAUGAUGGCAAUGUGUUACAAACCAGCUCUGAUGGAUUCACUAUCGACCAAUCAGCUCCUAUCAUUGCAAUUGACAGAUUGACAAAGCAUUCCUCAGCUGAAUCAGAUGUAGGAGCAGGGAGCAUGGUGUACGAGUCGACAGAGGAUUCCCUGUCUGCCAUGUGGCAUUACAACGAGACAGAGUCAGAGAUAGUCAGGGGAUGGUAUGCAGUCGGAACAUAUCCCUACGCUGAUGACAUUGCAGCUCUGAAAGAAGUCCCCAUUACUACUUCUCUCUCAAGUUUCCUGGCCAAUAAUGAAGUUCGACCAGAUACUACAGGCAAGCCCAACAUUGUGAGUGUGUGGGCUGAGAACUCUGUGGGUCUUGUAUCCAAGGCUAUGACUGGUGCUGUAAUCAUUGACCAGACCAUUCCUCAAGCAGGCACUGUUACAUGUCCAGACUACAUACAGACCACAGUCCCAGUGGAAUGCUCAUGGACAGGUUUUGUGGACACAGAGUCUCCCAUCAAGGAGUACAGAAUCAUGAUGGGCAAUGCCAAGGGAGACGACUCCAUCUACUCUGGCGGAUCAGUUCCUGGACACAUUCAGAAGUUUUCCAUUCAAGGAGCUGGCAGUAAAAUGUCCCACGGUGCAGAGUACUAUGUCACAGUGACAGCUGUCAACACAGUGGAUAUGACGGUCAAUGCUUUCUCGAACAAGAUCGGAGUGGACACCACCCCACCUAAAACAGGAGUGGUGGUGGAUCUAAACUCUGUGUACAGGAUCGAUGCAAAGAGCACUGAUGAAACUGUCCGCAUGAAUGCUGUCAUAUGCAAAACUGUUGCAGAAUGCAAAGCCCUGGAUGCCAUUUGUACAGAAUCCCUGACCUCCCUGUCAGUCACUUGGAUGCCCUUCACUGACCCCGAGUCACAAGUUGUGGAAUAUCAGAUAGCUGUUGGCACAUCACCAGGUGGAGGCCAAGUCAAGGCUUUCUACACAAUCCCUGCUGGCAGUCAGCAACACACGGUCUCGGGUCUCAAUCUGAAUGGCUACAGAAAGCUGUACGUGUCUGUGAAGGGAGUCAAUGGGGCGGGUUUGACUAGCGUGGCUACAUCAGAUGGGGUGUACAUCUCGUACCUCAGUCAGGGCAAGGACCCCCUGUCCUUUGUUGGGGUCAUGGACAUGGUGGACGGUGAAACCAUGGAUGUAGAUUUCCAGACAGAUCCCUCAACUAUCCGAGCCAGUUGGGAUGUUUCUGGUGACCCCUGUCCACCAACUAAAUAUGAAUGGGCAAUCAGACGACUGGAUGGGUAUGAGAUCUCAAGUUUCUUCAGUACAAACAUGAGAACAUACGGCUUGAUUGAUGGGUUGGAGAUGAAGAAUGGAGAAACCUAUGUGAAUUACAUCAGAGUGACCAACUCCAUCGGAUACGUGUACACCCUGCGCUCCAACGGAGUAACCAUUCAGGAGACCCCACUGCUGCCUGGUAAGGUAUAUGAUGGAGACAUUGACGGAUUCGAUCUCAACUUCCUGCCCUCUGUGACCAAAGUGUAUGCCAACUGGAAUGGUUUUGGUUUGCCAGCAGAUGCCAUCAAACAAAUUGAUGUCAACAGUGGAAAUCCUGGGCUACAGACAGAUGAAUCCCUGAUAUCAGCCCAGGACAAGAACCAACAGGUGGCCUACUAUAUGGUAGCCCUCGGAACUGACCGUCGCUUCAACAAAACCAGGGACAACGUGGUGCCCUACACGUUUGUGGGAGAGAACACCACGGUUGUGUUCACAGACUUGGAAUUGACCCCCGGGGUGGCCCUGUACUAUUUCUCUGUGUAUGCAUUCAGUAAAUCUUUCUCGAAGACACUGGUCACAUCCAAUGGAUUUUAUGUUGGAUUCAUGGGUGGAGUUACUUCGGGAGUGAUCACCAGACCCGGUCAGUGUGUGAGCAAUAACACGGUGCUGGAGGUACAGUGGGAGGGCUACACCUCCAAGCUGGACAUCCUUAUGUACUAUGUGGCCAUCUCCAACCACACAGAGGCCAACGGAACCAGCUGUAAAGACUAUAUUGAUGGUGGAAAGUUACCCGAUGAUGAGAGAAAGCUGUUGUUCAGUGCCAUGGAUGUCACCAACCAAGGACAGAAUACCUACUCCAAGUUUACCAACCUGACACUGGAGCAGGGCAAGACCUACUAUGUCUGGGUCAUGGGUACUGAUAAGUCUGGAGCUUGUGGAAUGACUUACUCAGAGUUUUUGGUCGAUAUCACAGAGCCAACCAUGGGAGUCAUUAGGGCUGGACCUUGGUACAAUAUGUCUUUGUCUUACACUACGGACAACUCUAGCAUCACUGCUUACUGGGCAAAUUUCACAGACGACGAAUCUGGAAUCUCAACCUACGAGGUCUCUCUGUGGAAGUAUGACACAUGUGAAACAAACAGUGGUACAACACUGGUCAACGAUUGGCUGACGCUCAGUAGCAACACCUCAGAAUACCAGUUUGUUAAACAGUCACUAUGGAAACAAACUCCCUAUUUUGUGAAGCUUAGAGUGACCAACUGUGCUGGUCUGUUUGUGACCCUGGAGACCACCCCUGUACUCUUUGAUGAGACAUUGCCGUUACCUGGUCAGGUGAAGGAUGGCCUCGAUUUCACCUCAGAUCUGCUGUGGUUUAAUGACACAACGAAAAUAGAAGGUACAUUCUUGCAUUUACCAAAUCCUGAUCAAAAUGCACACCCUUGUCCAAACCAGAAAAUUGCCAUCAAGGGUGCUGGGUGGCAGAAUCUGAACAAACUGGGAAUGUUGGAUCCCUCUGGAGAAUACUGGCGGAUUAAACAGCAAGACAUCUAUGUCUUCCCUGAUGAAAUUGAAGAUAAGGUGAACAUCAAACUUGUGAAGACCAAGGACGCCAGUAAUAAUGAUAUAAUGGGAGCUGGCGCUAUCUACAGGAGAGCAGAAAUGUUCAAUGGAGGCACCUACAAGCUCCGUAUCCAGGCAGCUGAUAAGCAGGGAGAGGCAGUGACAGAGAUCUUGUUUUGGGAUGGUCCAGAAACUGGAAUUGCCACAUACAAAUAUGAGAUUCCAAAGGAGUUUGAAAAUUGUGUGUGCUGCUUCGACAAUCCCAUUCCUCAGUCCUGUGGUGGGUGUAACUGUACCAGCUACCUGCUGGACAAGGGAUACUUCCUGAACGAAACGUUCACCACCAGCACCACCACCACACAGUCCCCCAACAGCCAGACCUUCCCCCCGUACGACGUGGUGGACCAACAGGGCUCCAGUGUCAUUGACAAGCCUGACCUCAGCCCACAGAUAGCCAGGGACUCCUGUGGAGUACAGAUCUACUCUGCCAAUCCCAGUGCUAACCAGAGUGCCUUCCUUGUGUCGUGGUGCCGGUAUAAGUAUGACUUACGGAGGAUGGGAAUCCUGGCCACAGACAUCAACAUCAACCCAAGCAACGCGUUCCAUGACUACACAGUGGACUUUGUCAUGAAGAGUGAAGAUUCCACCUCAAUGGCUCUAUGUAUGAUGGUAUACAUUGACGAUGAAUUCAUCAAUGAACUUUGUGACGUCCCUCAGAUUUCUACAGAAGCAUUCAUGUUCUUCCAUGUUUUUAAAAGACUGAAUCAAAUGCCCAAUUUACAGAACAAUUUUGAGGCCUGGGCCACAUAUGCAACAUUAGCUGGCCUUGAGAUGCCUCCACCCAUAGGCACACUCUGUAGGUCUGGACCUCAGUUCAGGGCCUUCACCAACCCAGUCAUUUUCUACGAGGCAGGCAUAGGCACAAGCAAACUAGCAUCGGACAGCGUUCCAUUCAGAAAGGUUGUUGAGCCAUGCAUUCCUUGCUUCACAAAGUGUUACCGCUUCAACUGUGAUUCCAACUGUACAUCAACUGAGACAGUACAAAAGACCUUUGUGUUAGACAAUAUAAACCUUCCCACAAAGAAGACUGUUUACAAUGACACAGGUCACGGAGUGGAGGAAAUCAUCACAUACUAUCUGACAGUACGAGCAGUGACAGCCUCUGGACAUUAUGUGCCUUCCUCCUCUGAUGGUUUCUAUGUGGACAACACUGCCCCUGUGUUUGACCAGGAGAUUAUGGGUGGGGAGUUUUACUAUGAUGUGGGGCAAGGGAACAGCACCCCAGCAGAGUUCCAGAACUCCAACAACACCAUCAAAUGUAUCUGGAAAUGUGACGACGAAGAGAGUGGCAUAGUGGAGUAUAGAUGGGCCCUUGGCACCAGCCCUGGAGCUACAGAUGUGAUGAACUAUACCUCCACUGGACAGGGUAUUGUGGGAGUCAACAGUGAGUUGGAGGGAAUACUGCAGCAUGACCAAACUUAUUAUGCUACUAUAACGUGUGAGAAUGGAGCAGGCCUGAUUUCUACAUACCAAGACACCAAGGGUGUGACAGUGAAAUUGAUCCCACCAAAUAUAGAAUCAGUCAACACAACUAUUCCAGGCACGGCCAAAUUCACCGAGAAGGUGUUCCCAGAGGACUCUCUGACACAGGAGGAUCCUACCAGUGUGGGCUUUACCUUCACGAAGUCUGAAGAUCCAUCAGUUGACAGAUAUGACUUGUGUGUGGGGUCCAAAAAUCUGACUGAAGACAUCAUUCCAUGUACCUGGGUUGGCUACAAUAUAUCGGGUUCAGCUGAAAUCAAGGAUGGAGCACUAUGGGUAAACGGCAUGGAGAUUCGUAAGCUGUCAGAGCUUCGGCCUGUUCAGGACUAUUCCAACGGCACCAACUCCAGCAGCAGUAGUGGCAGCAACAAGGACAACUUUAGGAUGCCCAUAGGACAGCAGAUGUUCGUGACCAUGAGGCUGUGUAACAAGGCCAUGCUCUGUACAAACAGGAGUCUGGCGGUGAUCAUCAUCAAGAACAGUGCUUCCAAGGUGGGCGUGUCUACCAAUGGAACAGCCAUUGAGGAGAAACUGACUCUGGUGUCCAGGAAGAGAGCAGCCAAAGAGCUAGACAUUAAAACCCCAAGUGGUCUGGCUGAGGGACAGUCCAUCAUUGUAACAGCUCUUAAGGCUGCUGACCUGACUGCUACCUAUGGAUCUGACGCCUCUAUCGACUUUGUGUCGUAUAUACAGGAUCCAGCUACUUCAUUGGACAUGGUUCAAAGACUUCUGUACAAAAGAUUCUAUGGGCAGACCUAUGCAUUCUCACUAGUGUCACUGGGUAAUAUUCCCAUGCCUGGACCUCUAACCAUCUCCUACAGUGACAGCAUAGGCCAGCCCUCCACUGGAAACAGGACCAUGUUACUGCACUGGAAUCCAUUGAUGCAGUACUGGGAGAUCACCAGUAAGACCUGUAAACACCUACCCCUUGCGGAACAGGAAGUGUACAACCCCACCACUCAAAUCAUGACCGUCAAGAUUUGUGAUACUUAUGAUGUGGAUGAGUCAGUCCAGGCAUCAGCAACAUCGACCUCUAGAAAGAGACGAGCUAUCUCAUCCUCUCCCUCCUACUUCACCCGAGAGACCAUGUUUAUUGUGUCCACCACGGCCGCCUCUAUCUACAACUCACCACCCAGACUCAAUGUCUCUAGGAAUGUUGACAUCGUGGAAGAUUCAGGUACUCUGAACUACCAGCUUGUGGCGACGGAUGAAGAGGGAGACAAAAUCCUAUUCGCUCUGUCUGAUUCCACUCUACUGUUUGGAAAUGCCAGCCUUACAUCCAGUGGAUUCCUGACUUACACUCCAUGCAGAGAUUGUGCAGGAGUGGAGUACCUCAACAUCACAAUGUACGAGAACCAGACAGACCCAGAAAUCCCCCCGGCCAACUCCACAGACGUCAUCAUUAUCAACAUUCAGUCCAUUAAUGAUCCACCCAUCCCAUUCGCUGCAUACAAUGGAAAACUGCUGCUCAUGGACGAUAUCACAGAGCCAAUAGUGAUAUUGCGAGAAGCCCACUACGAUUUUAAUCAACACGUUUGGGAGCAACCUUGGACAGCAGUGUUUGGUGCAUACGAUGUAGAACCUGGUGACACCAUAACCUUCAGAAUCAAUGACCCACAUGCCACCAAUGUCUCCACAGAGGGACUAAGUGCAACUGUACCCACUCUGUUUUCCACCUGUGAUAGUGCUGGUCAGAUCUCUACCAACAUGAUGCCAUGUGAGAACUUCACUCAGCAUUUGCCGCAUGCAGCCAACCUUUUAGCCUGGACCACAUUCACCCUCAAUUUCACAACUCCAGUGAAUGUAUUUGGAAACUUCAGUAUCAACUUGUAUUUUGAAGACAAUGCAAAUGGCACCUCACUUCCCCUGACUGUCAAGUUUGCUGUAAUGGAUUCCCCUUGUCAUAAUGGAGGAGUGUGUGAUCCCACCAGCAUCUUCCCUUGCAUGGACACCCACAGAACCCACAACUUCGACGCGUACUACCGCUGUAACUGUACCGGAGGAUACCAGGGGAAAUACUGUCAGGAGGACAUCAAUGAGUGUCUGAGUGACCCCUGCAUGCACCCCUACGUCUGCUACAACAACCUGGACCAUUACGUGUGUGCCUGCCCCGAGGACAACCCUCACUGCGAGAUCCUGCCGUGGAUGAUCUCCAUCAUCCUGAUCAUCAUCAUCGUCAUCAUCAUCCUGGUGGUGGUGGGUCUGCGCAGACACAAGAAGAUGGUCAGUGAGAGAGAACACAUGUUAAAAAAUAAAUUUGGAUCACAGUCUUCCCUGGGAUCAGAAUUUGACAUGGGAGAUGACGUUUUCCAAGAUGACAAAGAGUUCCCGGAUGAAUUAGAGGGCUUUGAAAAUCCUGCUCUAGACAUUGAGCCUCACUAUGAUCCAGAGGAGGAGAGACAGUACUUCAACAGACACACCAAGUCCAACUUCACCCCACUGCUGGACCUUGAUGACGUUCCCCCACCCCCAUCUUAUGAGUUCCCAGAAAAUGACCAUCCACAUCCUAGCACAUUGCAUGCAAUGAAUGCAUCUAAGGGACCGCUGGGCCGUACAUACUUUACCCCCGGGACAAUGCCUCUAAGCAGAAGUGGUGCAGACUCUGGAGCCAGUUCACCUGCACUGAAACGCCACCACAAAGUAGAGCCUGUGGAGGAUGACGCCACCUCAAGCCACGGUCAGCAGGAUACAAGGUCCAGGUGUAACACGCCCGACCUGUUUACGGUCAACAACAAACCCAAUGGACCCAUCACCCACCCUGAGAAUCCAUCCAGAUCGGCCACUCCGUCGUUUGGAAAGCACAACAAGAUAUUGCCCCAGAGUGACAGCGACUCACCAUUGGGUAGUCAUAACUCCAGCAGCAACAAGAGUGGUUCCUCCCGGCAAAGCUCCCCACAGACCCUUGAGAUGGCUGUAGCUACAGAGCUCACGUUCUCCGACCUGGAACUGACCACUACACAGCAGACUAAUCUAUGAUUGAUGGGUACAAACUGACCCCCAUAGUGGACCAUGACAACGAAUUUAUUAUUAUUGUCUUUCCUCUUAACUUUUGAUAUUUUCUACCAGUGAACUUUUUUUUUAUAAUCAGCAUAUCUGUGAUUUUGUGUAUGGUAUUCUGUACUACCUUUAUAUGUUUAUUUUACAUAUUUGGAAUUGUUCCGUUCUUGAUAAAUGAGUUACUGUUCAGUGAUAUUAAAUUGUGAUAUUCCUUUUGAAGAACUACGCAUGAAACUUAGACUGUGAUAAAUUUGAAACACUUUUUUAAUUGGAAAUCUCCGUCCAUAAUAAUUACAUUGUUUUACAAACUACACAUAUCACAAUUUUCUAUGUAUUUACUUUUAUUUAUUUAUUUUUUAUGAAUAAAACUAUUUUCUUUCUUUAAAA